CUACACCAACUACGCGCAAUUUACCCCUUUUUUAACGCCCAUCAAUUAUUCCCAAUGAAUUCAGCAGCUGCCCUAACUGGAUUAGCUGCAAGUUUAUUACCUUCAUCGACACAAAAUGGAGUUAGUUCAAUAAAUGGGCGUAAAAGAGAAUUAGAAAAUGAGGGGGCGAAGGAGACGGUUUCAAAUAAAGUCCAACGAGGGGAUGCCCAAAGCAGCACUUCAAUCUCUCCAACUUCAACUAACAGCCCUGAACAGACUUUACACCAUCCUCCACACCAACAGAACGAGCAUAACAGUAAACGCCGUUCCCUCUUCCAAGGAAUAAAUUCUUCAAACAAUUCAUUGGCUAUGGCUGCAGCUCAACAAGCAGCUGCAGCUCAACUUGCCGCUGCUGCCCAACAACAGCAACAACAGACUUUGCGUUGUACAGGCUGUCAGGAACGAUUGGAAGAUACACACUUUGUUCAAUGCCCGUCUGUUAAUGGACACAAAUUUUGCUUCCCUUGUUCAAGGAAAAGUAUUAAAAGGCAAUGGAAUUCACAGGAUGUUCACUGCCCAUCUGGUGAAAAAUGUCCUCUAGCCAACUCCAGCCAGCCUUGGACUUUUAUGUUACAGGAGAUACAAACGAUAUUGGGAAGCGAUGAAUACGAUGCUUUUCAACAAGAUCGCGAACGAAUUGGUUUAUUUACUCCCAAUGUCAAUUCUGUGCCUGGAAGAGAAGCAAGUAAUAAUGGAGAAGCAAGUGGACAACAAAACUCUUCCGACAUCCAAGUUAUGAACGGCCCAAAGUGUGCAAAAGAACGAUCACCAGCUAGUGAAGCUUCGCCUGGGGAUAACACAAAUAAUAUCUGUUAG